AUAUGUACAUUUACAAUGAAACUUGUAAAUAGUUGUGUGUUUUUAUUAAUAAUAGCAGCUGUUGCGUAUGACAGCGAAUGUAGCUUUAUUGCAGCGGUUUCACAACUCAAUAGCUUCAGGCAUGACACUGAUCCCGGCGAUCCUUUGUUUUUAACGCCUCUCUUGAAUAAUGAGUCCUUGCCCAAGGAAGAAGUGCGGAAGAUGGCACGCGUUGUGGGCAAACAAUUUCUAGGAGUCGAAAGUUAUGCGGGUUAUUUGACCGUGGAUGAGGCUUACAAUUCCAGCCUAUUCUUCUGGUAUUUUCCUGCUGAGCGGGAUGCGGAUAAUGCACCCGUUUUGUUGUGGCUUCAAGGAGGUCCUGGAGCUUCCUCGUUGAUUGGACUCUUUCUAGAGAAUGGUCCAUUUAGGGUAGUCAAUCAAAAGAAGCUACAGAAGCGAAAAUAUAGCUGGACUACCACACACAAUGUCAUCUUCAUAGAUAAUCCUGUGGGCACCGGUUUUAGCUUUACCGAUGACGAUAAUGGGUAUGCACGUAACGAAUACGAUGUGGGCGAAAAUCUUUAUGAGGCAAUAGUGCAACUCUACAAAUUAUUCGACUGGAGCAAUUCGGCAGGCUUCUGGAUCACUGGCGAGUCCUAUGCUGGCAAAUAUGUGCCUGCGUUAGCCUAUCAUAUCCAUCAGACUCAAGCAUGUGAGGAUCACCAGGAUAAUAUACCGCUGAAGGGUCUGAUCAUCGGCAAUGGUCUCUCAGAUCCUUUGAAUCAACUCAAAUAUGGCGAUUAUCUGUAUCAACUGGGACUUAUCGAUGAGAAUGGCUUGGCGGAAUUCCACCUCGCUGAGGCUGCUGGAGAGGAUUGCAUUAGGCGUGGGGACAUGGACUGUGCUGCUGAUGUAUUCGACUCCCUAAUUCUGGGCAAUCUGCCAAGCAGCUCGCUAUUCAAGAACUUGACGGGCUUCGGUUGGUAUUACAACUAUUUGCAAAGUCAGGAUGAAGACUUUGUCGCACCACUUGCACGAUUCGUGCAGAGAAACUCCAAUCGUCGGGCAAUUCAUGUGGGCAGCAAGGCCUUUAAUGGUAUCGAGAAGGUGAAGGAGUUCAUGAAGAAGGAUAUGAUGGAUACUGUGGCACCUUGGAUAGAGGAGCUGUUGCAUCACUACACUGUAUGCAUAUAUGCUGGGCAAUUGGAUAUUAUAGUGCCCUAUCCAUUAAUCCGAAAUUUUUUGAAUAAACUGAACUUCCCAUGCACCGAUGAAUAUAAAAAAGCCCCUCGUCGAAUCUGGAGAGUCGACGGAGAAAUAGCGGGCUAUAUUAAGCAAGCUGGCAAUUUAAUUGAGGUAUUAGUUAGGAAUGCUGGACACCUGACUCCGCUGGACCAGCCCAAGUGGCUCUACGAGUUGAUUAAUCACGUGACUCACUAUAGUGAUUAAAUUUUAAACUAUUUACACCUGGUAAAUGCUAUUUAGCUCGAUUGCUACGUUGAAAUUCGAUAU